UCUCUCUAUAAAAUCGCAAUAUUGAACAUCAUUUUCCAAUCAUUUAAAACCCAAAGAGCUUUUGAGAAAUCCUCCCAUGGAGUUUUCUAACCUUUACGAUGAUAUAUCAUCUGUUGUUGAAGAAACCAACAGUAGUUUCGACACUGUUUGCAGAAACAGGAGACGAAAUUACGAUGAAGAAGAUGAUGAUAACAAUGAUGAUGAAGGGAAAUUUAAGUCUAAGAACCUCAAAGCAGAAAGAAAAAGACGUGAAAAGCUCAAAUCCAGGAUGCUACAAUUACGAUCUCUAGUUCCUAAAAUAACAAAUUUGAACAAAGAAACGAUCAUAACUGAUGCUAUUGAUUAUAUCGAGGAGCUUAAAAUUUCCGUGACAAAUCUAACUAACAAGAUACAUGAAAUGGAAGUUGAAAUGGCAAUGGAAGAAUCAUUUGAUAUUAUCCAACUUUGCCCUCAGGAAAAAAUGAAAAACUGGGGUAUAGAGUUGGAAGUAGAGGUGAGCCGUAUCAAUGAGAAUAAGUUGUGGAUGAAGAUAAUUUUCGAGAAAAAAGUAGGAGGGUUUACAAAAUUGAUGGAGGCAAUGAGCAUGCUCGGGAUUGAAGUUGUUGAUAUUAGUGUUACAACCACAAAAGGGGCAAUUCUUAUUACUUCAUGUAUUGAGGGAAAAUUGCUUGUUCCUGAGCGAGUUCGAGAAGAAUUACUUGAUGUUAUUAAAGUUAUAUAGUCUAGUAGAAAGCAUAUUAUAGUAUAUGGGAAAAUGUUGAGUAAUAUAACUAGUAGUAUUAUUGGGUGUCUAGCAUUGUAAUCUAAGUUUUUUUUGUCGUGAAACUAAAAAAUGAUGAACGAUUACGAUAUACAUUUGAGUAAAAACAAAAAUAAAAUUUUAAUAACUGUUAUUAAAUAUUUUAUGAGAUACUACCAUUCUAAAUACAACCUCCCCGUGUUAAUUUUUUCCCAACACAUUUCUUUGGCAGCUUUCACAAGUUUUAAAGAUUCAAAGCUAAAGACACAUAUAUCCCAUCAAACACGCUUUAAAAAGUGAGCAUGACCCACAAGACCCUUUGUCAAAUUUGUAUGUAUAAAUUUCACCAUUAAUGACAACAUGAGAAUUCACAUUGGAAUAUUUCACAUAUUUGAUAUGGUUAUUCUGAGGAUUCUUGUUAUUUCCUUUAUGAUAUUCACUAUGCUCUUAACAAAGAUCAAUGCACACGAAGGGCUAGAGAACAGUUUUGUUCGGGUUGUCAGAUUAGGCCAACCACCAUAUUCAUCGGCUUCUGGACCUCAUUCAAAUGUUGAUACAAUGGAAGUUACGGGGAUACAUAAAUCCAAUAAGUUGAAAGUUGUUCCUGAUGUUAUCAUUGGAGGAUAUCUAAUGGCUUGUGUUGUUGCUGUUUUAUUGUAUAUUCGGGUCACAAGAAGAAAAAGUGAAGUGCCUUCUUAAAACUAUUUGCCUUGUUGUUUUUCCAUUACCUUAUGUAACUAUUAAAUAGUAUUUGAUAUGGAAAAUCUAAAACAUAAAAUACA